GUUCCAAGAUUUGAAUGGAUAUGAUUGAAAAGUCAAACUUCCCCCAAAUUUUUAGGGUUUGAGGGAGAUUAGCUCAAAGCUCCCACCACUUUCACCUGAUCAGUUUUCUGCACGGUGUUACCCACUCCUGGACUUCGCCGUCUCUACGGUCAACACCAUCGUUCCGCCAUAGCUAUCGAGCGAGAGAGCUAUUGCUUUGGCGGGAAAAGAGCGGCAGGCUCGUGGGUUGCCGCUAACCCACGAUCGAGAGAUUCGUGAUAGUGAAUCGACGAACUCAAGACUUUGGCUUUGAUUCUUGGCGUUCGCUUUUGAUCUCUUUCUUCAUUUGCAAAGGUGUCUGGAUUUCGUAAUUUGAGGUGUACUAGUGCAGGCUGUGCAGCAAACUGAUUUACUACUGGUCAGUGAAUGUAGUUAGAGUUAUGAUAUCUUCUUUUGCUUGUUGGGUUGGUGGUUCUGUUUCCAUGUGUCCACAUAUAGUUGGGUGCAAAGGAACCUAUAUUUUUUGAAGAGCCAAUAUGCCGUUUAAAAACCUAUCGAUAGUACGGAGUGUAAAAAAGCAUGGAUUCGAAAGAUUGAUUUUUGGCUGUCAAAGUGGGUGUCAGGAGUCGGUGGAGAUUUUGGUUGCUCAGGGUAGAUUGUUGUUAUCAGGCCAUUCAAAGCUGUUUCAUUCACUGCCAUCUGCAUCACUUGCUGGUGUGAAUGAUUUUGUUCGACCUGGAACGUUAGCUGCUGCUCAGGCAAAUCUACAUAUAGUUAAUCGAAGGAAGAAUCUUUCAGUUGUUGGCGCAUUUUCUCGUGCAAUUUCUAUUCCAUCAGUGUCAGGGCCUGCAUUUCAGGUCUGUGGCUAUCACAUUGAUCAAUUGAUAUCCGAUCCUACUAAGCUUUCUUCAGGCAUUGAAUCUCAGAACACACCAAUGGCUGCUUGUGGUUCUGGAUCUUCUCUUGUGGACUGUUCAUUACGUAAAAUUUCCUCCAGGCAUCUUCAACCUGGUGCAUCAGUGAAUAAUGCUAUUUUUAACAGCAAUAGAAGUUUCGAGAAUUGUAGGAAAGCUAGCAUGAGUUUGAGGAGUAAAAAUCAGCCCAAUUCCUUUUUGCUGUAUGGAUAUUUUACAUAUAUUGUUGCAAAGAGAAGUGGCAGUGUCAAUCCACAUGAAGGAUUUGGACUCAAUAGGUUCCACAAAUCAUCACCUGCAUGUUUCUCUACUGGCACUGCUCCUGACGUGUCCUUUGAUAACCCUGUGCAAAGGGGGCAAUAUGCAAAUUCAGCAGACUCUUCAGAAGGGAAGAUCCACAUUGGCAGGAACCUGAAGCUUAAUUCUGGAUCGUGUUACUUGCCUCAUCCUGACAAAGAAGAGACCGGUGGAGAGGAUGCUCACUUCAUUUGCGGUGAUGAACAAGCAAUUGGUGUUGCUGAUGGUGUUGGUGGAUGGGCUGAUGUUGGUGUUGAUGCUGGGCAGUAUGCACGAGAGCUAAUGUCUAACUCUGCUACAGCAGUUCGGGAGGAACCAAAGGGUUCCAUAGACCCUGCUAGGGUAUUGGAGAAAGCUUACAUCUGUACAAAAGCAAAAGGUUCUUCAACUGCUUGUAUCAUUGCCCUUACAGAUCAGCAGGGUCUCCAUGCCAUCAAUUUAGGUGAUAGUGGAUUCAUGGUAGUGAGGGAUGGAUGUACUGUUUUCAGAUCUCCUUCUCAGCAGCAUGAUUUUAAUUUCACAUAUCAAUUAGAAUGUGGCAACGCUGGUGAUCUACCGAGCUCUGGACAGGUGUUCAAAGUUCCAGUUGCUCCAGGAGAUGUCAUAAUUGCUGGUACAGAUGGCCUCUUUGACAAUCUCUAUAACAGCGAUAUUACUGCAGUUGUGGUUCAUGCUGCAAGAGCUGGCUUAGGGCCGCAGGUGACUGCUCAGAAGAUAGCAGCGUUGGCGCGUCAGCGAGCACAGGAUAAAAACAGGCAGACACCUUUCUCUACCGCAGCCCAAGAAGCUGGAUUUCGUUAUCAUGGCGGCAAGCUGGAUGACAUUACCGUAGUAGUUUCAUAUAUUACCAGCGACAACAAUGAAAACUCGUCGGCAUCACACAGAUCCAGCUAGCAGUUCCCUUCCAUCUGAUGUUGGAAGCCAAUGUUCCUUUUUAGCAUUAAAUCCAACUUUUUGCAGUCUUUUUCACAUGUCAGCAGCAGUGAAAACCUUAAAAAAGUGUCUAUAUAUGUGGGUGCUGAUGAUGAAAUUGCAGUGUCUCUUGUACAUACACACUAGUUUUGGCAGUCUUAUUCCAUUCUUGCCCCUCACUUUGUCUCCCAUUUUCUCGUUUUCUUGGGUAGCAAUGGUGGGGGGUAGUAUUAGUAAUCAGAAUAUGUCUGUGUUUGAUAUUUUGUAGUACCAAACUAUCAAGAACUGAGAACUUCCAUGGUUCCAUGCAUGAUUGAUUAAUGAUUUAUCAAAAGCUUCCUUCUUUAUAAA